GAGUCCGGGCAAGGCACAAGUUAGUUAACGGCAGUGAUAUGGGCGCCCCGCCAUGCAUUAAAGCGCAGGCGACCGUUUGCGGGCCGCCAGAAAAGCAAAAAAACGAGGAGAGAGAAGCGACAGGCCCACAGGGCCGGCGAAAGAGAAAAGAAAUGAGGUCAAGUCAUGCGCCUGUCACUCACUCUCCGGGAAACGAAGCACGCAACGCGUAAAACCGCACCGCCGCACCCUGUAGCCGCCAAUGCUUUUGGCGAGCCUGUGCCUUUUCGACGCGUUCGCCCACGCGCCUCCCCUGCUUGCUUGCUUGCUUGCUUGCUUCUGCUGUUAUCGCCGUGCCUGAUCAGUGUAAUCAAUCAACAAUCUCGUCCACGCGCUCUUGUUCUUGUUCUUCUUCACGCAGAAGGGAUAUUCCCUCCUCGCACCCCCUCGCAGCGCGAAGGAUUGGUUGGCCCGCCGCCAUGGCGGCAGGAGGCCCGGCGCAGCGCAGUGCAUCGCAUCGCGUCGCGUCGCAUGGCAGUGGCAAGGCCAGGCAUGGGCGUGAAGAAUAAAUUUGGGGCCCGCGACGGGCGUGACACCCCACCGUCCGAGAGAGAGAGAGAGACGCCUCACCCACGGCGGGCCAUGGGCGCUGGAAAGCGUAGCUCAGCCGAAAAGAGGCGCGCCUCAGCCGGCGCGGCGCUGUUUCAUCGGCAAUCGCGACGAGCUCGGCAGCGGAGAGCCAAAACGCGCGGGGCCAAGAGCGGCGCUGUGCUGUGCUAUAUUUUGCUCCUUUGCCGAUGCCAGACAGAGGCUCAUCUAUCUCGUCCUGCUGCUUAUUUCCUUUUUGUUCCCGGAGCGGGCGGGCGGGGAGCAGCAGCAAUAGCAGCAGGAGCAGCAGCACGUCGGUCGGUCGUAUUCCCGAUGCUCGUAGGUCGUGUGUCUGUCGUCGGUGGUGAUGUCGGCGGUGCUUUGGGUGCAAAUAACACUUUACCUUAGACUAUGGUUCCAGAAUCCAAGUCACACACACACACACACACACAAGGCACAUCUCCAGAGCGACGGCGCCUAGCGCUCGCUCCGCCCGCCGCCGCCGGCAAAACUCUGUUAGGUUCCUGAGUAGCAUCAUCAUCGACGAACACCUUCCGUUUCUUUCCUCGCUCUGGGGCCCAUCCGCAACAAGCUGUGGCAGAAACAGCGGCGGUGCGAGCUGCGCCAGCCUAAUGCGGUUCGGGGAGCGCAUGAUGGCGUGGCGGGCGGGAGGCCUGG